GCCAUUUCUAGACGGGAGGAACGAGAGUUGCGCUACUUUUAAAUCCGUUGCAUCUGCCUAAAUGCACGUUCUUAAGGAAAAAUACUUUUUGAAAAUCGAUCAUUCAGACAUUCAUCUUCACGUCCGUGUGAUUAUUUUUGUCUCUGCCGCGACAGAUUAGCAGCCGUACGGGCUUUAAAGUUGAGAGGCAAGAAAGGGGUUACCCCGAAUACGCAAGAUGAGAAGAGGGAUCUCCUCGGCUCCGGACAAAGUGAUUUUAGCAGGGGUUGGGGGCUCCUCUCUGGAUAAUAACAUAAUUUUAACAGCUCUCUCGGAUCGUUUAAACCCUGGUCAAUCUAAUACCACGUAUAUUCAAAUAAUAACCACCCCACCGCCUUGUAACGUUACACAGACAUCAAGUGUGUGCUUAUCCGAACCUCAGGUUAACAGCAUUUAUACAACCCCGCAACCAGCUGCUGCAAACGGAACCGGACAGCGACCCGCUCUGGGAAGACCACCGGCAAAAAGGCGGUUGGCGCUUGACGACUCGGAUCACCAGUACCAGCCAGAACCAGCCAAAAAACCAAGAGGCAGAGGAGGAGGAGGAGCUUCAGCUGCAGCAAAUGGGACACGGCUUAAAACACCCAGAACCCCCAAGUCUCCACCUGAGAAGACGCGAUACGACACUUCGCUGGGACUGCUCACAAAGAAGUUUGUGGAUCUACUUGCUCAGUCUACUGAUGGUGUUUUGGACCUCAACCUUGCUGCUGAAACCUUACAGGUACAGAAAAGGCGGCUGUAUGAUAUCACCAACGUAUUAGAAGGUAUCCAUCUUAUCAAGAAGAAGUCCAAGAAUAACAUUCAGUGGAUGGGCUGCAGUCUGUUGGAGGUAGAGGGGGCUCUGAGCCAAAGGCAAAGCCUCACUGCUGAGGUUUCUGCGCUGGGCGAAGAGGAGCAAAGGCUAGAAAAACUCAUACAGAGAUGCAGCCUUGAUAUAAAACAAAUGAGCGAAUUACCAGGCAACCAGAAAUAUGCUUAUAUAACGUACGAAGACAUCAAGCAGUUGGGGAGCCUGAGAGACCAGACUGUAAUUGUCAUCAAAGCGCCAACAGAUACCAAACUGGAAGUGCCAGACCCUGAUGAGAGUCUGUCCAUCCACCUCAGCAGCACAAAGGGUCCUAUCGAAGUGCUUUUGUGUCCAGAUGAGGAAAAUGAUAUGAGAAGUCCUGUGAAAAAUGGCAGCACUGACAUUAAUGGCAACUCUCCUUUCCUGAAAGUUGUUCAAGAUUCCAACUGCACAACCACUUCCCCCAGCACUUUCCUGUCUCCACCCGCAUCUUCUUCCGCUGUCUCCGUGACAACGCUUUCCCCCAUCUCAUCCCCGUACACCAGUCUCCUCCAGCAGACAGAAGACCAGGUCCCUUCAUCCCAAGGUCCCUUCUUAAACCUUGUGCCUCCCAUCUUGGAAGAUGACUACCUGUUAGGUUUGGAAGAUGACCAGGGGAUCAGUGACUUGUUUGAUGCCUGUGACUUUGAUAAAAUGCCCUCACUUGGGCUGGAUGAUCUCCUGUGUAGCUAGCAUCCGCUAAAAGAAGAUCGAGAUGAAACACAGAGGGCUUUGAUGGUGUAUUUCUUUUUUUAAAUUUUUUUUCCCUCGCAAAUGUUUUUACACAGGUUAUAGAAACAUGUAGGUAAAGGGAAUCGGCUCACUGUACGAUGCAAUGUUUGUCGUUGUACAGAGAAACAAUUUGAAGGAAAGCACUCCACAAACCUUGGCAUUAUUACCCGUCUUGAUUGACUCAGUUGAGUUUUUCUUGGCGGUGUGAUCACACAAGUCCCUAUGCAGGAAAGUGGAACCAUUCAGUUUUUGUUUCUGUGCAUAGUUUUAGGUUUAUUUUUAUAUAUAAUGAACCCUCUCCCCUCUUCCCUGUGUGUUAAUGCCAAGUGCUGUGAGGGGGAAAGUCUAAAGAGGUUUUAACAAUAGAUUUCAUUCUAUUACACCAAUGAUGUGAUUGAAGGCUUAUAUUGUUUCUUUAUAAAUGUGGCACCAUGGUGUGCAAAUGUAGAACAUUUUAGAUGUUAAAAAUGAUAAAAGGCAAGGGUCAGGAGGAGGUUUAGAGUCGCCAGUGUAUGUUUGAGCACCAUUCUCCAAUUUCAAGCUGCAUGUCCGACUGUGUUGAUGCACAAGCGAGUAAUAGGUGCUCUCUGAAUUAAAACAGAAUAACUGGAGUUGGUCGUGUAGUGAUAAAGUGAAAUUAUAACUGUGCAAUGAUGUAUGCAAGACAAAAGUCUUGUCUUUUUGAAGUUGCAGAACCCCCAAAACAAAAAAAAAGGCAAUAACCCUCCCGAAAUUAGGGGUUUAGCUAAAGAAGCACCUAAUGUACCCAAGGGUUUAAACUUAAAAAUCAUCUGCAGUUCAUACUUUUUUGAUACUUUGUAAAUUGCUGAUUCCAACUGCUUCAGCCCUGCUGCUGUCUUGUCACUUACAAUUAUACUGUGUUGAAAAACAUUGAGUUUGAAUCAAGUGCAGCGCAGUGCACUGUGCUUGUUUUUUUUUUUUUUUACUUUUACUUUUUUCUUUUUUGGAAGUUCAAGAAUUUUGUACUUUUAAAGAUUUUAAUACUUCACCAAAUGACUUAAUGAUCCGCCAUGGAACAAAAAAAUCUGAAUGAAACUGCAGUAUGUGAUGGGUUUCCCCAGACACACAAGCAUUUAAUAUAAAUGACAAAUUCUGCUAAAUUCUUAAACCAUGGUUCGGAAUAAAACCUUGCUUAAUAUAGAAGCUGCUUACAUGUUGACCCCCUGGCUUUUAUUGAUCACUGAUGAUCCUCCUGCUGCUAGUGUUGACUCUCCCCACCCCCAUCGCCCCAACUUGACUAAUGUAUAAUUGUGUGUACAGUGUGAACGAGUUGUCAGAUUAAGCCAGCUGUGUGUAAAUUCAUGUACAGUUUUCUAUAUUUUUGUCAAUGCACAAGGUACUGUAGGCUACCUCUCACGCAAUGUUAGACUGUCGUAGUAGAGCAUAGAGGUCAAUGCCAUAAUGUGUGAAAAUAUUUGAAUUCCCCUUUUGUGAUAGAAGUUAUAUAAUUUAGCAGUGGGUUGAAUUUUACAACCUGAAAUGUUAGACUGGAAAUACCCAUGCUCUUAUACCAGUUUAAUAAAGUCAUGUUUUAAUUUUCCUUCAUAGGGUGCACAUUUGAUUGGCAAAAGAUGAUUUAUUGAAAUUUAUUGGUAGAUAAUUUCUAUAAGUUAUUUAGCCUAUAUUAGUUUUUUGCUUGAUGUGAAAUUAGAAAAUCUUAUACACCCCCAAAAGCAGUUUUUACUGACCCAAUGUAGUAUUUCAAUAUAAUUAACCCUUAGCAUAAUGUUUAUCUGUGCUGAUGAACAAGUAAGAUCACAGGGUUCCUAAGUGUUGGAGGGGGUUAAAAAAAUGGAAACCUGGUGUUUCCAAAUCUUAAAAGGAGUGAAAUGCCAUCUACAACAUUGUUGACUUGAAAGCCAACUUGAAUAAUGUUAUAUUUUGAUUUGUUAAAGCUGCACAUAAAACCAACAGUCACAUCUUUUUUGUUCUCAAAUCCCCAAGAAUAUAUAAAAAAAUACAAACGUCUAGAAAUUUAAGUCUUGAAAAUUAUGGAAUUUUAAAAUAGAAGAUGUAUUGGAACUCUGUGAUCAGGUCUCAAAUUUCCAAAUACCAGGGAAACGACAAAAAAAAUGCAUUUUUCACUUUAUUACAGAGUGCCAAAAUUGAUUGAUUCUAAGGUUAACCUGAAAUCUUAAAACAUGUCAAGAAAAUCCAGCUUCAUAAUUGUCUGGAACAUCAAAUAAAUUAGCUGAAUUGACAACAUAGUUUAUUUACAAUUUCCUGGGUAGCAUAUUUGUAUCAAUGUAUUGUUUUAUGUAUUCACAUUUAUGUCCCAGUUUAAUUCUUAAACCUCUAAGUUCAUGUAGAUAAUCUAAUUCUGCAUCCAUUUCAACCAACCAUUUUUAUGUUUGAAACUUUUUGUUUGGAAGAUGCUGUACUUUUGAAUAGUUUUGCUAAGAAAUGUUAAAGAUUUUAAAAGCACCACUAAAGGAUAGUGUUUUGGACUAUAAUCGGUGACUUAGAAUCGCAGCUUGUCAUUUUUCUGUUAUAAGAUUUUGAUGCGUGAUUUAGAUCUUGCAAAAAUAAUUUGGAUUAUUAUAAGAACUGAAUUCCAGACUGAAUUCAUGUCUGGCUGUUCUAUGACUAUUAAGCUGUUACCAAAUUCAUACUUGCCAUAAAUGUUCUUCAAAGAUUAUGUGGAAAAGAAAUUGAUAGGAAAAAACCCAACUGUAACAAUGAUAUCAUUGCUUGGUUUCAUUAAUCAGAAAGAAAAGAGUAAAUUGCAGGUAUUUUGCAGUUUGAAUGCAUGGGUGGCAGUGCUGUUGAAUGUUAAGUAAACUAAUUGGAUGUUUUUGAUGUGUGUCAUUGAGUUCUGAAUUGUUCCUCAAAAGUGAGGAAUUUUGAAUU